UUCAGAAACAAGACGCUUUUAUUGACACACACCAUGCUUCUUGCAGCAAACCCUAGCUGGGAGUCGAAAGCUGGCAUGCAGCAACUGGUCAGGCCGCUCCGCGCUGCUGCAAGGCAGUGGAGAUGUUCCAGAGUGCGUCCUUUACCAGAGGCAUCCCAUGGCGCGGCCUGGGCUGGUGUGUUGGCAGUUGUUGCUGCAAGACGUGCCUCCAGUACCCCAAGCACCUCCCGCCAUUCACAGGGACCUCUGGAGCCCGAGAUGACAGAGAGUGGUGCUCCAGAUAUAGCUGAGCAGGAUGUAGGCCAGCAAGCCGAAAGCGCGGAGAGGGUGGCCAAGUCCAUGAAGCUGUUGGACGAAUACAGCGAGGAGAUGCACCCCGGCCACAAGCCUGGACGCUUCGCGGAGGUGGGUCCUGAGUUUGACGGGAUGGAGUUUGAUGGCUUGAGGUGGAAGAUGCGAUCUGAAGGAGGGGAACCAUCGCAACCAUCCCAGAGCCAGGCGCUCAUGGCCCUCGGUGAGGAGGAUCGGAUGCUUGCCACCAAGUACGAAGCAGCAGGUGGUCUGGGGCUGUGCCUCAAUCGUGCGUGGAAGAUCCCGGAUCAGCUCCGGGCCGAAGCUCGAAGUCUGCUGCGCAGCGUUGCAGGCGAGCCCGAGGAUGGCGACGACGAGCUAAUAGCUGACACCAUGUUGGGCUCAGAGCGUGUAAAUGUACCCUGGGAUGAGCUCCAGAGCCAGCUGGGGGCAAAGGAGGUGGGUCCAGUAGAGAAAGCAGCUUUAUUGCUGCAUGCGGCCGACAUUGCUGAGGAGCGGGAGGCCGUCAUGCGGAACACUUGGAGUGACAUUGAGUUUGGUGGUGGCGAGAUGUCCAAUGCCGAACUUGUCGCACGACUGGAGCGGCAGUUUGCUGGGCAACUGGUGAAAUCAGCGGAGGUGCGAAUUCGUCACCGCCAGGAACAGCAGAAGAAGGGGACGUCAAAGCCACGGGAGACUGAGAUGCAGGAGCCAGCCGAGAAGGGGCCGAAGAAUGAUGGAAUCUUUGACAUGGUGCUCAAGGACUGCCAAGACGUCAGAGACUUGCAGCAGCGGCUUCCACCCUCGGAGCUCACCGCAACCUUGAAUGAGCCACGAAAUUUAGGUGUCGCAUUGGACCUCAUUGGAGUUUACCUCAAGAACUAUGAGAUUGACAAGUGCGACUAUGUCUUGGAGCGGAUAGUGCCAUUGGCGAGAAAACGUGGAGGCACCUGGCUGAUCAAGGCUUUGGACAAGCUCUGUGCUGUCCGAAUGAAACAGUUUCGUGCCUACGAUGCGUUAGUGGCCUUGAAGGAGAUUGAAGAGAACGUGCCCUUCCAACCAGAAGAAGGUUGGGAGUUCCACGACAUCAUGUACAGAAACUUUGCGUGGUGCUACUCCUCGCUGGAUGAAGCCGAGAAAUGCUUGGAAUAUACCCGAAAGAGUGUUGAGGUGAAGAAGGCCAAUGGCGUGCAACCCACUUGGUUUGACAUUUGGGACUUGGGAAAAGCUCAUGCGCGCCUGGGUCAAAAGACCCAGCAACGCGAAGAGAUGAAGAUAGGCUACGAACUCUGUGUGAAGGCAGGGGAAAUCCAUCGGACCGCAGAAGCCAGUGACCGGAUCAUGCUGGCCAAGAUCCUGUCAAAUGUGGGUGAAGUUGCCAUGGGCAUAGGUGACAGUCACUUCCUCGCAGAAGAGAAGGAGGAAGCUCGCCAGUGGUAUGAGAAGGCAGAGAAACCCUUGGGAGAGUCGUAUGAGCUGCAUGUCUCCUCUCUGGGGCCCAUGAAGCCUUUGGCCGGUUGGCAGGCGGGGACCAUGGCCCAUUGCAUGGUCCGGCUGGAGCGGUGGCCCGAGGCACGGGAAUACUUGGCCUUGGCCUUGCGUGUGGAAUGUACAAAGGAUUCCACCACCAACGGCAGCCUGAUCGAGUUGUUGGACCGCGUGGUGAGUUGUCACCAGGAGUUGGGCGACAUGCCUGGAAUGCUGGAGUAUGUGCCAGACCUAGAAGAAGCCAUGCGCGGACUCAAACAGCGAGGCUGGGAUCGCCGGGAGCGGGAUGUCUACGCUUUGUUGCUCCAGCGCAUCUCCACAGUGCUUCUCUUGGCGAGCGAGGGCACAGGCAAGCUGAUUGGCAAGGCGUUGCAGGUGCUUGAAGAGGCCGCCAACAACCUGCAGAUUUUCAUCGGCGAGGCUUCUCAAUUUGACGUGCCAGACAUGGAGGCAGAGGUUGAUGUUGAGCUCCCAAAGCCUUUUGAGGAUGAGAAAGCUCGAAUCAAGAAGAAAAAAUUUGGGCCGCAGGUCGACAACGCAGGUGAGCUUCUGGAGCAGAUCCGAACCAGCAUCAAGAUCUUGAAGGUAAGCCAGACUGGAGGAGGAGAAGAGGCACUGUGUCGUGAAAGCUCAAGGGUCCUCACCCAAGACAUCCAGAAUUCAGCUGGCAGGUUCAGGCUGCAGGCGGAUCUUCCACACCGUCUACACGCUUUGAGGAGCAAGUGCCGGAACCACCUCUGCAACCUGCAGAGCCUGCAUCUUCGCCAUCAUCACCUGCACAAGCUCCACUUCAACCUGAGUCUCCAGUAUCUGCAUCACGGCAGCCUGCAUCAGUCACGCCUGCAGAAGAGCCAGCCUUUCGGCGAGACGGGCUCAACUCGCUCCGAGGAGUGCUCCGAGAGGUCAGCCGAGCACGGUGACUCAGCCCUGGCUGUUUUGCCAGCCGUCUUACUUGCUUGGUCUCUCUGAGUGCGUGUGAUUCCUGGAAAACCGGAGAGUGCAACCUGUGCA